UACCGAACAUGUAUACUAUAAUGAAUAUAUUUAUUUACAAUCUGUCUAUAUAUUUGUAUUGUGUACUGAGCAAACCUCAAAGUAAUUUGGCGCCAACGAACUUACUGGCGACCCGUAUAGGACCGUGUCACGACGUCACCAGUACAGUGGUGACCGUAUCCGAAAUGAGCUUGAGCACUCGACUCCACGACUCGUCACUGAGCGGCGAGAUGAACGUGUCACGGGAUAUUGACAAUGGUUGGACUGUCAAGGCUUUGAUGCAGAAAUGUCAGGACAUCCGUAACCUGGACACGUGUGAUUAUUUCAAGUCUUUCCCGGUGGUAAGGAACGGUUGCAAGGAAGAUGACGAGUCCGAUGAAGCAGACCUGUAUUCUAUGCUCUUCCAUCGUUCUCAGCCAAGCAUGUCAUGCCCCAUAAAGGCGGGAAGCUACAACAUAGUAAACUACCCUAUAUUCAACGAAGACAACUACUUGGCAGUAUCGGAAGCUAAGAUUUCAACCAGCGUUUUUGGAUACACGUUCAGAUUGGAGGGGUUCAGUAGGAAUAUUAAGAUAUUUUGCAUAGAAGCUUACCUACAAUUGUUGUACAUCAGGGAGCAUAACUGGAACCAGGAUGAGGCUGUUACAUCGGAGCCUUCCAGCGAAGAGGACAAGCGGGCGAGUGAUGAAAAGUAGCUUACUCAGUAAAAAGUAAUAUUAUACUAUUUAAUUCAUUAAAUAUCAAUGAUAUUGUCCACAAAAAUGACAUUGCAUUUAGAAAGAAAGAAAGAAGAAAGAAUUACAUUUACAACAUCAGAUGUUAAUACGAGUAUAUAGUUCCUUGCUGUAGAAUUAAUAUUGGUUUGCUUUAUAAAGCAACCUAUUACUCAUAAUUCGACUGUUCUUUGAUGGAAGUCGAAAAAAUUCAAAUUAAAAAAUACUAAAUUAAACCUGUCCAUAGUACAAAAAAAAAACCCUCUGACUGCAACUUUGAAAUU